UUCUCAAAAAUAAAAUUAAAACGGGUUCUUUUGGAAGGUUAUAUUAAUGUUCGAUUUCAAUUCUCCAGAUGAUUAUUAAUCGUCCACCGUCCUUUUUCUCGUAGCCCUAUUUCCAAAGGGCGCACAAUAUAUCUAUUAAAUUCCAGACUCGACACACUGCAAAGCAUGGAGAAACCUAGGUCUAUCGCCAUCGCCAACAUGAUCACACGUUCCUCUUGCCAGAAAUCAAAAUUCUCGGUUUCAUUGCCCCAUCAUUGUUUGAGAGAUUUCAACAUGCGUGUUCAUUACUUGAUCGCGCGGAAUAAUACAUUGAUUCUUCAAAGUUCUCUAGAGAAAUGGCUCAAGAUUCUUCCAAGUUUACUGAUUCUUCAAAGUUCUCUAGAGAAAUGGCUCAAGAUUCUUCCAAGUUUACUGAUUCUUCAAAGUUCUCUAGAGAAAUGGCUCAAGAUUCUUCCAAGUUUACUGAUUCUUCAAAGUUCUCUAGAGAAAUGGCUCAAGAUUCUUCCAAGUUUACUGAUUCUUCAAAGUUCUCUAGAGAAAUGGCUCAAGAUUCUUCCAAGUUUACUGAUUCUUCAAAGUUCUCUAGAGAAAUGGCUCAAGAUUCUUCCAAGUUUACUGAUUCUUCAAAGUUUUCAAAGAAUUGGGUUUUCGAUCUUCGUUGUGGGAAGAACAAUUUGGCUGUAACAGAUGAAGAUGAAGUUCCUUUGAUUGAAAUGGAUUACUCUGUAUCUGUGAAAGGCUCUAAGAACAGAUUUCUGGAAUACCUGGAGCUAACUCGUGGAAAGGAUGAAGCUAUGAUUGUAGAAGACAAUUUGAGCAAAGAUGUGGAUGAGUUAAGGCGUAAGGUUGAGUUGCUGGAAAUCGAAAACAAGCGUCUUAAGAUGCAAAUGGAAAAUUUUGUUGAUCGUGAUAAUUACAAAUGCCAAAUAAAGCCCUUUUUUCAGUGUUUUAAUGGAUUGAUGAAGAUUAUUAGAAAGAAAGAUUCCCAAAAAUCUAAGAAUAAGGGAUUACAACAACAUUUGAAGCCUCUUUCUGACCAUUGUGAUUUUGUUGGAGCUGGAAUUCAAAAUAUGCGUAGUACUUGUUUCCUCGCCUCUGCCCUUCAAUCAUUGUCCCACACUGCAUCUCUCUACUGGGCAAUUAAUGGUUGCUCACAUAUUUCUGAAGAUUGUAAUGCUGUUGGGUUUUGCGUUGUAUGUUCAUUACGAAAUCAUAUUGUCAAGGCUAUGGAUGGUUCAGGAACUGUUAUUGUUCCUACACCCUUUUCUGAAAACUUGUCACAUUUUUCAACUGAUUUUAAACUUGGUGUGGAGGAGGAUGUCCACGAGUUUAUAAUGCUAUUACUGCAGAGAGUAGGAGAAGCUUUUCCCUCUGAAGAAGGGAAUGAACUCAUUAAAAGUGUUUUUGGUGGCUCCUUUUAUAAUACGGUGGUAUGUUCUUAUUGUGGUAACAGAACAGAAAAAUCUGAUCCUUUUCUAGACUUAAGUCUGGGGAUAGUUGAUAGGGAUUCAUUGCUGGAUUCAUUUGAGGCUUUUACUUCCGUAGAGACUGUUGUGUUUGAAGAGGCGUGUGGUCAGUGUGGUCGGAAAGUAAAAGCUAACAAACGCCUCUUGAUAAAGGAAGUACCUAAUGUUGCAAUUAUUCAGUUGAAAAGGUUUGUCCAUGUUGGAGAUAUUUCAAAGAAAGUUGACUCUUUCCUCUCGUUCCCUCUGGAACUUGACCUUGCGCCAUAUACCUUCCUAAAUGCUCAAAACCGAUUGCCAUUACUGUUUGAUCUUUUUGCUGUGGUUGUCCACGAAGGUUCCUCUAUUAAGACAGGACAUUAUGUUACCUUUGUUCUGUCACCUGUCGGAAAGUGGAGUAGAAUGAAUGAUAGCCUGGUAUCUGAUGUAACUGCAGAAGAGGUACUAAAAGAGCAUGCUUAUCUGCUCUUUUAUGCAAGACGCGGAUCUCCCCCUUUGAUGUCUGUUUUGGAUUCCAUUAGGAGUUUUGCUGCUUAGUAGUAGCCUCUAGUCUUUUGUAUGUGUAAAACCCUGUUGUUGAUUCAUUGAUGUCUGUUGAACAAGUACUGCGAUGAUGAUUUGUCUGGAUGAUAUUACUUUUUUCCAAUGGAUCUCUUUUUGUUUCUUAAUAAAAGUGUUCGUAUUUUUAAAAUUGUAUCAGUUCUGAUGGUUGGUUUUGGCUUACAGUUCUUUUGUAUGCAAUGUUCUUGAAUUCUCAAUAUUUGUUUUUUGCUUUAUUGUCUUAGAACUUCACUUUAAAUGAUUAAAUUGUAACUUAUGUUAUUUUGGACUCAAGACUUUGUUUUGCAAUGUGUUUAAAGUAGGAAGAACGUAUGUAUUAGGUAGUUUCAGCUUGCUCUUUAGAAUGUUGAUUGUGGAUCCACUUAUGAAUAAUUAUUGUUUGAGUUAUGUUAAUUCUGUUUUUAAAAGCCAGAUGUGUACUCAGGAAAUUCUUUUUGCUUACAGUUCUUUCUACUCAUUACUUGAUUUUGCAUUUAUUUCAUUGGAAUUUUAGUGUAAAGGUUUAAUUGUAAAAUGUUAUUUCUGCACUCAAGACUUGGAUUUGCAAUGUUUUUGCAAUGUGAUAUCACUCAUGUUAGAAGAACUUUUCCUUUACAACGUUGUUUGUGUAUCGACAUAUGAAGUAUUAUGGUGUUACUUAUUUUAUUUUUGUAAUAAGGCUUUCUUAUUGCUUAAUGAUAUCAGAAUUUAAGAAUUUUAAAAGAUGAAUAAGUUGAUUUUGUAGAUGUAGCUAGUACUGAAGUUUGUUGAACUAAGCCUUACAAUGGUUAUUGUGUAUCAUAACAUAUAAAGGAUCAAUGUGAAACUUAUGUUAUCCAAUUACAUCGAGGCCUUGUAUCCACUAAGCUAAUUAGUACAUCUAAUAAUUCUCAUGUGAAGCAGAUCUUUUCAUGUGAUUCGUAUAUAUGUAAUUAUUUCACUUAAACAGCUUUUUUUCAUUUAUUGUUAUGGUUCCAUGGCUGCUAUGGCGGUUAUAAAUGGUGUAUUUUGUGUUCGCCACGAUGGUAAAUGUCGGCCGUUAUUGCUUGUUUUUCAGAUAUAAUCUGUUGAUUAUUUGAUAUUGUAUUUUGUGAAGAUUUGCGUUUAUAGAAUCAUCAGUUGGUGGAGAUGUUAAUAACAGGCCCUAAUAUGUGCCUGGAACAGCAAACAUUGGUCUAGACAAUGCGUAAACUUUAGUACAUGGUCGUUCGAUGAUGUUCCCCGUCCGAGUAAUAGUUUUGCUGAGCUUUUGGUCAGGCAGAUGCUCCUUUGGUGUAUUUGAAUUCCAGAUAUAGUUUUUUGGAGAACCAAUUUGUUUCUGGUGUGUGGAACUCACGUUCGACCAAUGCUAUGCGUUACUUGGUCAUCACAAUCUAUAUCAGCAACAGCCAUAUAGCAACUUCUUUCAUGACAAUUACCAUGAUCCUCAAGGUUUCCUUCUUACAUCAAAGUCUAAGACUUUCUCAAGGUAUUUUUUGGCUCUCAAUGUUACAAUCGUUUUUAUUAAAGCAGUCUUUGCAUGAAUCUAGGAAAAAAGGUGUUUUUAGGAAAGAAGAUGUGUUUGCAAAAUGAAUCUAUGUGGUUUUAUAAACUGUAUAAGCUUUCUUUCACUUUGGUUUUUAACAAUGUAUUAUGUAUUUUUGUGGUUUCAUAAAAAUGUAUUCUUUAAUGUUUCUCUGUGGUUAGUUUGGUUAAAAAUCAAUAAUUUUUAUUUAAUGUCUUCUAACCGUUGGUAUUAUUUCAUUUUAUUUUUGUAAAUAUGUCUUCUUUUCAUGCUUUCUAUUUGCAGGGUAGCGAAUGCAAUGAGGACAAACACAAAGUCUUGAUUUUUAACCACUUUUUUUCUUAUCCUUUUUUGCUUUCUACAUUGUAAUCGCAUGGAAAUGAGUACACUAAUUUUGGAUCUUUGCAAAUAUUGAACGAAUUGACAUUUUUUCUUUGUACAUACCUGUCAAUGUUUUCUACUAUUUUGGCUUAACACAUUCUAAUUUAACUUCAUGACACAACUUUAAAGUACCAUUUUGCAUUCUGCUUGCAGAGUGAAACAAACUACACUAUAUGCAAUGUCUUCUAUUACUUUAUGUAUUUGUUUUCUAUUAUUUGCUCACUACAUUCUAAUGGAAAUAAAUGACUUGAGGCUCUAUUUUUCUAGUAGCAUUUUGCUUUGUAAUAUAUCCUGUUAAGGAAGAGAUUAAUACUAAUGAGGUUAAUAAUGCCAACAUGGCAGAAAAUCCAAAUGAGAAUAAGACAAAUGAUGUAAAAAGUGGUGAUCCACCAAAUGUGGGAUUGAGACGUAGCAUGAGAGAGAGGAAAUGCAACAGAAAAUAUGUGAAUGGAUAAGGAUAUAAGGGACAAUGCCUUAAAAUUCCUAUUGAAACAUCCAAUACUUUCAAAGUUUUUGUGGGAAAUGGUCAUAGCUUAACAGUGGAAGGUAGCAUUCCAGAUUUGCAAGUUCAUGUGCAGGGUCACACAUUACAACUUCCUGCGUAUCUGUUACCGGUUACUGGUGCUGAUUUGGUGUUAGGUGCACCUUGGCUUGCUACAUUAGGCCUGCACAUUGCAGAUUACAGUGCAUUGGCUCUAAAGUUUUAUUUGGAUGGAAGAUUUGUGACACUUCAAGGUGAAAAACCAACUCUUCCUGGUACUGCUCAAUUUCACCAUAUCAAGAGACUAGCUCACACCCAAGGAAUUGCUGAAUACUAUGACAUAUCGUUUCAAGAGUUGUCUGCUGCAUCUACUAUAUCCUUCCCUGCAGAUAUGCACCCUGUAUUACGUUAGUUAUUGGCUCGUUAUCGUCAUGUCUUUGCUGAACCUUCUGGUUUACCACCACCCAGAAUGCAAUAUCACUCAAUUCCAUUGCUACAGGGCAGUCAUCUAGUGAAGGUUAAACCCUACAGGUACCCCCAUAGCCAAAAGACACAAAUUGAAAAGAUGGUUCAAGAUAUGCUUGAUGAUGGUAUCAUUCAACCAAGUAGUAGUCCGUUUUCUUCUCCGGUAUUAUUGAUACACAAGAAGGACGGUUCUUGGCGUGUUUGUACCGACUAUCGCGCUCUCAAUGCUCUAACAAUUAAGGACAACUUUCCUAUUCCAACAGUCGAUGAAUUAUUAGACGAAUUGUUCGGUGCUACUCAUUUUUCUAUGCUUGAUUUGAGAUCUGGAUACCAUGAGAUUAGAGUCAAGCCCGAAGAUGUCCACAAGACCGCUUUUAGAACUCAUCAAGGGCUUUAUGAAUGGUUAGUCAUGCCCUUUGGUCUUACAAAGGCUCCAGCUUCAUUUCAAAGCUUGAUGAAUGAAGUUUUUAAACAACAAUUGCGCAAAUCUGUAUUAGUGUUUUUCGAUGAUAUUUUAGUCUUCAGUCCUUCAUGGUCUUCACAUCUCAUACAUUUGGAAGAAGUACUGAAGUUGUUGAGCCAUCAUUCUUUAUUUGCGAAAUUUUCCAAGUGCUGUUUUGGCCUUUCGAAAGUUGACUAUCUAGGUCACAUGGUGUCUGGUCAGGGAGUAGAAAUGGACAACUCCAAAGUCCAAGCUGUAUUGGAAUGGCCCGUUCCGCAUUCUUUAAAACAAUUGCGAGGAUUUUUGGGACUUACCGGUUAUUAUAGGCGAUUCAUCAAAGGAUAUGCAGCUAUUGCCUCACCCUUAACCUCAUUGCUCAAGAAGGACAGUUUUCUAUGGGACAAUGCAGCUGUGACAGCUUUUGCUGCCUUGAAGCAAGCGAUGACUGAAGCCCCUGUUUAACUAUCUACAUACAUAAUGUCGUUGUGGUUUUUCUCUAAGUUUAAAAUUGAGAUUGAGGUCGAGUGCAACAAUAACGCUCUGGACUUUGUCUUUUGGGACAAGGAAUGUGUCCCGAUCUUGGAAUCACAACUACAGAGUUGAGAUCUAUCAUGAAGGAGGUAUGUCAAAGUUUAGUUAUCCAUAUGUUUAUUUACUUAGUUAUGACAUGUUUUGUAGUCAUGCUUAGCCAUCUUAUACAGUCAACAUUCUCAUGCUUCAUACUUGAUCACUUAGGCAAAUGAGGAUCACCCAUUUAUCUACCCAACAAACCUUAACAAACUAUUAAAAAAGAACUUUGCCUUCCGUGUGAAGUAUCAAACAUUGUACCGGCAUAACUGAAGUCAUGGAUGUAGUUCAAAAAAUACACCAGUGAAGAGAGAUGCCCCUACCAUUGACCUUGACGAUCUUCCCGCCACUGCCUUUGUAACACCCAAGCAGUCUGCAACCAAAGCAAAACAAAUCAGAAUAGAGUGAUCAAUGGUUUCUAAUAAUUUUUGAGUUGCCAGUGCAGCCACUUUUGUACUGUUAGGCAACCGAUUAACCAAAUUCACGUACAAUGAUACUACUAUGUUUUUUGUAUGCUUUUUCAAGACCUUUUGUACCUCUAAUGAUACAAUCACAUGUUUAAUAUUAUCUAUUAAUGUUAUCAGUUUGUUAAAAAUAUUGUCACUGCAAGAUGUUUAGUGGUGGUUUUUUAAUGAUACCUGUCAUGAUACUAUUUAUGCAGCUUAUUAAUUAGUCAAGUUCAAUAAUAGUUUUAUGUUAUUUCUUUUGGUCCCAAAAUCUCUAACUAUAGAAUCUCCAAGUUCACAACUUACCAAUUUUUUUUCCAAAAUAUUGUUCCUUGACUUUUCCUACAUUAUUCUUCCUCUUGAUUUGGAGACAUUUUUUUCUAUGGAAAUGAAUAUACUGCUGAGUUCCACGACAGUUACCUUCGUAUUGAGAUGCCACCAUUUCUGAAAGUCAUUGUAAUCUUUGCUUUCGCGUUCUUCUUCUAUAUCUAGGGCUAAAAGUGGAUACAGAGAGUAAAUGAGAGUCGUGAAAUUGAAACCCGAGAUUGGACGAAAUGGAGUAGAAAGGAAGAGAAAUUGCUGAGGUCAGAGAGAGAUCUGUUGGGACAAAUACAGCCAAGCAAUGGUGGUGAUGAUGUUACCGAGAGAUGCAUUAUUCAGUGUCAUCUUCAAAAUCGUUAGAUUCUUUUUUUUUUUUUUUUUUGAUAACCCGUUAGAUUCUUUUUUAUAUAUUCCCUUUUGGCUAAUCUCACCAUUUUUUCUCACUUAUUCGUAUAAGCUUUUGGACAAAAUGAAAGCUAAAUAAAAGGGACCGAGCCUUUUGGGUUUGAAGAUGAAGUGCUUAUCAACUUCAUACAUAGUCAUCUGGAUGUGAAGGUAAUUUAUUGUUUUUGAAUUAUUUUGGUUAUUUGGUAAUCUUGGAAUUCUUCAUGGUGCUUUCAGCAUUCUGUAUUUGAUUUGCUAGAUUUGAACAUUAGUUUGUUUUUUAUUGAUGUUGGUAGAGCUGCAAAGUCUCAAGGAUGCUAUUGCAGGGCUACAAGGAGUUACAGGGUUGUCAACUGAUAAGCUUUGAAUUUGGUGUUUGCCUAUGUCUAUUUGUUAAUAUGCUUCAGUUUUAAUUGACCUCAAGCGACUGUAUUUUUUUUUUUGUAACGAUAGACUAAUAACCUUAAUCUGGAGAAUAUUUGGGUUCACAUGUACAUUUGAUUACUGUCAUUUCCUAAAAAAAUAAGUUUAUAUCAGUCCGUUUCUUUUUCUUAGCUAUAAAUGUGUAAAAACAGUAAAUAGUCAAUACAUUUCCAACAUUGUUAUCGAUCAAUGCCAUAUUUCUCUAUCUUUUCCUUGUAUCUACCUUGGCAGUAUCCAAAGUUACUGGAUUCAUGGCUUCAGUUAGUCAUCACAAACAUUUCAAAAUCUGGAUGUGACUUGCACAGGCUGUUGAUAUAGGUUUACACUUCUUCAGGCAGUAAUAGGAUGUUUUAAUGUUGAUUUAUGUUAAAUUAUGGAGGUAUUCCUUUUUAUAGGUUAUAUAUGUUGAAGCUUGCGAAAGUGGUAGCGUUUUUGAGGGUAUAAUGCAAAGGAAAUAAAUGUUUAUGUGACCACUGCGACCAAAGGACUAGCUGCAAACUCUGAGUUCGAACACACAUCAAUUCCCGCCACCAUAAAGAUGUUCAACCUUUCGUCUGAAUUUUUGACUCACAGAGAUGCAUAGGUUGGAACGUUCGAGGAUGUCGUUGGCGAGUUAACUUUACCCGGAACAGAUUGUCCAGGAAGCUCAUGAUUAUGUGAAAGGAGCCUGUUUCGAGAUUCAUAAGAGCAAGCAAAGAGGCUAUCAAGUUGGGGGCUGAUGAGUCUGCUAUUGUAGAUAUGAAUUUCUUUUAAUGCGACUUGUGGAAAAACAACUUAUGUUCACUGUAAAGCUGGGCGUGGAAGGAGUACAACAAUUGUGCUUUGUUA